AUGGCCUGUGUUGGCGCGGGACAGCAAAGGUUCAAAUUUAAGGAGGAGCAUGGGACACGGAACAGCAUUGCAAUUCCACACCGCAAUAAGGGCUUUAUGAGCUUUAACAUCAUGGAUGUUCUAAAGACAGUGCCGCAUACUCCAAGCAGUGCAUUGACCCUAGCGACGAGUGAAUUUGUUGGUACGAUGACGACGUCCACUGCUGUGAGGUUCAACCUUGUUUAUUGGUAUGGAGAAUUUCUACAAGAUAUUCCCGCGCGUCUUGGGAGAAACGAAGCAUUGGAUUCAGCUGUCAAGGCAUUGACAGCAGCACAUUCGAGUUACUGUUUGUAUAAACGAGCUACCCCCGAAGCCUUGGUGAAAUACUCGGCAGCACUUCGCACUCUCCGAUUUUAUUUGGACGACCCUGUCAAGGCCUGCUCAUCAGAGACACUGUGUGCAGUGAUGCUGCUACUUAUAUGCCAGGGUUUCCAUGGCCUGAAUGAUAUGGGCUGGACUGGCCACUGCGAGGGCGCGGCACAAAUACUGAAGGCACGAAGAUAUUAUGACCCAAAUGAUGAAUUUGAAUCCAAACUGCAUCUCUCUCUACGGGCGCCCGUGAUUUUCGAAGGACUUUUCAAUCCUAAAAUUAAGUUUACUCCUUUGGAAUGGAAGACUCUCGUCGACAACCAUAUCGAUGAAGGCACGUUUCCAGGCAAGAUGAUGCGUUACGUCUCGCAAGUCACGGCUAUGAUUCGGCACGGCAACUUCUUCGAAGGGGAAAUCAGUGACAUGAAGGCUGUUGAUGAAUUAAGGACUAACUACCAGACAUUGAAGGCCGGGAUAACGUCUUACGAGCAGUACAUGCACUCUAUGAUACCCACCGGCGAAGAUAUUAAACGGAUAGCUUCCGAUGCCCAGACUUAUUAUCUCGUCCAGCGAUUUUACAAUUUUGCCCUUACCGUUGGUAUCAUCCUCGGCUGUGUCCUCAGCGCUCUCGACACUGAAGACAUGGAGCUCAUAUCUGAUUUGAAUUCAUUUUCAAGCGGAAUUAUGGCUCUCGCAGAGGACGGGAAGAGAUUCAGACCUCUUGGCGCUAGUUACAUGAUGCUGUGUUUCCAGGCUGCUUGGAUCGGAACCAAUGACCCGUCAGUAAAGGCUGAGGCGGAGAAGGAAAUGAUCGAAUACGUGGAAGAAUUUGGAGGGGGAUAUACUAAAGAGCGGUUGAUGUCGGAGCUUGAGCGGAUGUCGCGACAUGUGCGUCUUAUUGACCCAUAUGCGAGGUAG